AUUUUACCCUACAGUACUAUGUAACAGAAGCUAAGCUAAAAAAAUUUGCUUUUGUAUUUACAAACGCUAUUUUGAGGUAGGCUACAUUGUGGCACCCCCAAUAGCCGUCAAGUUAAUAGGUUUCAGAUAGGUUAUUGUUUUUACCAAAAAAGUCAAGUGCGCCCAUAUAAUACUUAUGUAUCGAUUAAUGAUAAGAGCGUUCAACACGAAUUCAUUAAUUUUGUAAUGAUAUAAAAUGUAACACCCGAAUAUUAAUAACACUCGAUGCUAUCCGACCAUGGCUAAAGCAUAUUUGUGUAGAAUUAUUUUUAUGUUACAACAUUUCGUUGGCUUUUUAGUGCUUUCGAAUGGGAUUGCUUCAGAAAAACUUUCUUUUGACGAGGACUCGUUAAACAACAUACUAAGGGGCCACAACCAUUUGCGCACCCAUAAUGCAACGCCAUCGGCAGCGGACAUGAGGUUUAUCACGUGGGAUGACCAGCUCGCCAACGAGGCCUCCGAUUGGUCGAGCGACUGCCAAUAUGACUACAAGGAAUAUUUUGAAUUAGAGAGAUGGGAAAAUAUAGGCCAGAACUUCUACAUGUCAAAGGAGGGAGUGGAAUGGACUGCCGAUUUUCAAUUUAAGCCGCUUCUCAAAUGGAUGUGGCAGCAACGUAACUUCAACCACACAACGUUAACUUGUAACGAUAAUUCGUUCUGUUUAGAAUAUGUACAACUCAUGUGCAGCAAAACUUAUAAAAUCGGGUGUGGUGCGUCACGAUGUCCCGAAAUGAACACUGGUUCGAAUAAGGCACAAAACGUCAUCUUUUACGUUUGUUUCUACGGACCGAAAUGCGACUACACUUUACAUGAGAUUGGCAGUAUGCCGUACAAAAUUGGGGACCAGUGCUCACAGUGCGAAAACGAAAACGACACUUGUACCAAAAACCUGUGCGAAAACGGGCAAAGAGACAAACCUUACGUACACAAACAAAAAACACCAUCAUGUGGGGGCAUGACGGGGCCAGUUAUAGGAGCAAUAAUGGCGACAUUUGCUGCAGGGGUUGUGGCAGCUAUAUUGAAAAAGAUCACAAGCAAUAAAGGUAAAAUCAGCCCGACACAAGAGACAAUACAAGAUAACGAUGUUGAUUUGAGUGAAAAACUAAAAGAACGGGCAGACCCUGGUGAUGGGACUUCAAAACCAGCCACACCGAUUUCCGAAUCUGCCCGAAGUUUUCCGAAACUUUCCGACGAUGAAGAUACCCGUGCAGCGCAGUUCGAUGAGCCAGAAAACGAAAAGACACUGAAUGAAAAUGCUGUUGACGAUAAUGCUGGGAGCCACAAUACUAUAAACACUGACAUUACAGAAGACUGUCCUGCAAACGAUGAUAUUAAACUUUCUGAUGCUACAAACUCUGAAACUGCAAAUUGCCCCGAAAAAAAUGACGACCAACUGAAAACGCCAGAUGAAAUUUAAACAGUAUAACGUAACUUGGAUAUUAACCAAGCAGGCUGCAACACAUUUUGGGUGUGUGAAAUCGUCUGCGUGAAGUUCCUAUGAGGAAAUAAGUUCCGGGCCGGCUGUUUUUAUUCAAAAGUCAGUUUUACUAGGAAGAAAAAUUUGUACAUUUUUGUCAACUGCACAAAUUUUCGACAGCAAAUUGUUGGAAAAAUGAUUGCUGGACAGAAGUGCUAUAAUGUAACCGUGUAAUUAAUUAGUACGUGUUAUACUAUCUUAUUUUUGUAUAUAGCUAUAAUGAAUGGUUUCUAUGUGUGACACGCGUAACUGCUGGAGGCCUGUGUGUUAUUCGGUAAAGAAAGCACGGUGUUAUUUUAUUAGGUGUUUUUAGGUGUGUUGUAUAAACGAGGGGUACCUGUUUAUAUAUAUAUUGGGGUGGGGAAAGAUGGGACACCUUUAACACAUAAUAGCCAA